AUGCAGAGCUUCAAGCUGAGUUCGAGCAAGAUCCUAAGGAAGAUAUUAAGCGGGAAUUCAUCAGAAACUUCUAGUUCGAAUCAAGCAUCAUCUGAAAAUUCAACAAGACAAUUCUAUCAUCAAACCAAAAAGAUCUUUGUUGGUUCCUGGAACAUUGGAGGCAUUGCACCACCUCAGAAUUUGAACAUUGAAGAUUGGCUUGACACACAUAAUGAUUAUGCAGAUAUUUAUGUUCUAGGGUUCCAAGAAAUUGUACCUCUAAAUGCAGCAAAUGUAUUAGGUCCACAGAACAAGAAAAAUUCUAUGAAGUGGAAUUCUCUUAUUGGAGCAACCCUUAACAAUAAAAAACCAAUAGAGAUAGUUGAAGAAGAGAUAAGGGCAGAACCUCAAAAGAUAUAUCCUUUGAAGGAACAAGUUGGUGAAGAGUUUGAAAAUGUUGAUGAUUUCCAAUGCAUCAUAAGUAAGCAAAUGGUGGGUAUGUUCAUUACUAUUUGGGCAAGAUGUGACCUUUAUCGAUUUAUCCAGCACUUGAAUGUCUCAUCUGUUGGCUGUGGGAUUAUGGGUUGCUUGGCAAACAAGGGAUCAAUAUCAAUUAGAUUUGUGUUGCAUGAAACAAGCUUUUGCUUUAUAUGUAGUCAUCUAGCUUCUGGUGGGAAAGAAGAAGACAAGAGACAAAGAAAUGUUAAUGCAAAUGAUAUCUUGUCCCAAACAAGCUUCCCUGCAGGUCCUAUGCAUGAUAUGCCUCAAAACAUUAUUGACCAUGAUCGAGUUGUGUGGCUAGGAGACUUGAACUACAGAAUAGAUAUGCCACACUUUGCAACACAUUCAUUGAUCAAUAGAAGAGAAUGGGAAACCUUGUUGGAACAUGAUCAGCUUAAGAUGGAGCUUAAAGAGGGUCAUGUAUUCCAAGGUUGGCAUGAAGGAGCUAUAGAGUUUCCACCUACAUACAAAUACCUUCCAAAUUCAGAUGAUUACAUAGGUUGUGAUGAGAAUCACAUUAUCAAAAAGAAACGUUCCCCAGCAUGGUGUGAUAGAAUAAUAUGGUUUGGAAAGGGCAUGAAUCAAAUCGAAUACAACAGGAGUGAGUCAAAUGUUUCCGAUCAUAGGCCAGUAAGAGCAGUGUUCACGGCGGACAUCAAGGUUGCAGAAACAAAUUGUAAAUGA